GCCAUUUUUGCAUCACUCGGGGUUAUCUCGUCCUAGUAGUAGUAGUCCCUUCCCCUGCUUUCCUGCAAAGAAACACACUCUGUGUUUACCCUAAUAAUCUUCGGCGGCGACUUCUUUCAGUUUUCUUCCUCAGAAGGUUUUGAGUUCGAAGCUCCGCUAUAGAUUCAAUCUUGGAAGGUUUUUGAUUCGUUCUUACAGAACUGUAAAGGCUCGCUAUCUAUAAUCAACAGCAGCAGCAGAAUAUCACUGGGUUUGUCCGGGCCAAUCAUAAGAAAGUCAUGGUGAGUCCGUUAGGCCGAAUGGGGAACGAUGAAUUGAGUCCACCAUGGCUAAUACCAAUGCUGAGAGCAAGUUACUUCGUUCCCUGCUCCAUCCAUGGAGAUUCCCAUAAAAGCGAAUGCAACAUGUUCUGUUUGGAUUGCAUGGGAAAUGCUCUAUGUUCUUACUGUUUGAUCGAUCACAAAGAUCACCGCGUCGUUCAGAUUAGACGGUCCUCGUACCACAACGUGGUGAGGGUUAUUGAGAUUCAGAAGUACAUCGACAUAUCUUGUGUUCAGACCUACGUUAUCAACAGCGCAAAGAUUGUAUUCCUGAAUGAGCGGCCACAGCCUAGGCCUGGAAAGGGUGUCACGAAUACAUGUGAGACCUGUUGCAGAAGCCUCCUUGAUUCCUUCAGAUUUUGCUCCUUGGGUUGCAAGCUUGGGGCAAUGAGGCGUGGUGAACCAGAGCUCACGUUUACGCUGAGAGGGAAGCACAAUAGGGAUUUCUUCAAUGGUGGGUCAGAAUCAGAGGAGUCGACUACCCCAAAGAAAAUUCGGAAGAAGCAUCCCUUCAGCCGCAUGAUGAUGAUGGAUAGCCCUGCAAUUUCAGCCGCUGCUCACUUCUAUUAUGGAGGAGAGAGGUCUUCUUGCUCGGGAGAUGACUCCACUACAACCAUUUCUCCGGCAACUCCUCCCAUUUUCAACCACUGCAAUGCCAGGAGAAGAAAGGGUAUUCCCCAUCGAGCCCCCCCAUUUUGAGACUCUCAUAAGACUUGGUUGUGUAUUUACUGGAUAAGAAAGGAGUGUUCUUGUUUGGUUGUGAAGUAGGAAAUGGUCCCUUCAUAUACAUCUCGGGUAAUUUACUUGUGGGGUUUCUCUCUAAAACUAGAAAUUCUAGGAUGUCAAUUAAAUGCCCAUCAUCAGGCUAUCCUUGUACAGAUGAUUACAUAUUUGGGCUUUGGUGGUUGUAAAGAUGUAGUGGCAUCCUCAUGGAAUAUGUAGACAACAUAUUUGGUGCAUAUGAAUAUAGUUUGUUUGUUUUGUUCCUUUCAA